GAACGACACCAUAAGUCGAAAUACGCGCAGGCGUUCAUGGUUCACUGCUUCACAGAUUAUCUUAUUAAACAAUGUCUGAACGCAAAGCGAUGGAUAACUUAACAAGAAUGACUGUGUUGACUUUGUUAAUAGGAAUUAUUUACGCAUCCAAGUCAACAACACCGCUUAUAAAAACCAUAUACCGCGGCGGAACACAUUUUGAAGGUCCCCAUUGGUCAAAGGUAGAAAAUGCACUCUACUGGGUCGACAUACAGCAACAGAAAAUACACAGAUUGGAUUCAGAGACCGGAAACGUAACUACUAGAGAAAUAGGUUACGGCCCUGUGUCCCUUGUGGUAACAGUUAAGGACAAUCCAAGGUUAGUUCUAAUAACCGUCCGCACAGAAGUUUACCUCAUGCCAUGGGAUGCACCAACAACGGAGAGUUCUCUGAGACUUUUGAGCGUCGUUGAUUUGGGUCUGCCAGAUAACAGAUGUAACGAUGGCAAGGUCGACGCUAGGGGCCGACUUUGGUUUGGUACAAUGGGCAAAGAAGUUUGCUCAGUAGUUGAUAAGGACCAGGGCACAUUUUACAUGUUGGAUGCUCACAACUACCUGGACCCUGUGGUGCGGGUUCGGCCAGUGUCGAUAUCGAACGGCAUCGCGUGGACCAGCGAUAACAAGUUCAUGUUCUACAUAGACACACCAACGAGGAAUAUCGAUGUGUUCGACUUCAAUUUAGAAGAAGGGACUAUUCGUAACAGAAGAACGCUUUUCAGCUUUAAAGCAAACAACGUAACUGGAUUUCCAGAUGGCAUGACUAUUGAUCGGGAGGGGAACCUAUGGGUUGCAUGUUUCGAUGGCGGAAAGGUAAUUAAAAUCGACUCCAGAGCUGGCAAACUACUGGAACAACAUAAACUUCCAGCAAGCAAAGUGUCAUCAGUUGCAUGGGGUGGCCAUGACUUGGAGACAUUAUAUGUAACUACAAGUAAUGUGGGGCUCAACAGUGUGGAACUUGCUCAGCAACCAGACGCAGGAGCACUGUUUGCAAUAGAAGGCACAGGAUCAAGGGGACUGCCGGAAAAUCAAUUCGUUUUUCCUGGUGCUGCUGAAUACUAACUAAAAAUCUAAAUUAAAAUACUAUGUGAAACUUUUAAGCAUGACAGACAUUAUUCAUUUUAUUAUAAACCGGCUUAAAAAAAGAGGAGGUUCUCAAUUCGGGUGUUUAUAUUUUUUUUAUGUAUGUUUGGGCAUAACUCCGUCAUAGAAAGAGUGAUUUGCAAAAUUAUUAUUUUUUUGUUUCAAAGAAGUUAAAUUUUUUAAAGAUCUGACGAUGAACUUCGGAGACAGACAACGAAAUUCUUCAAUAAAUGCCGGCAAAUCAACCGUGAUUGCCGGUAUCACAUAUCUAUGCAUUGUUUACGCAAUCACACAAUAUAACAUCACGAUACACCCUCAUUUCUGUCAAAGCUGUUCUUGAAGUCAGUUUUUACUUUUUCAAAAGUUUCAAGCAAAAUAUGAACAUUAAUCUUGUUUUGCUUGUAAUAAAAAGACAGUUUUGUAUGUAAACUGUAUUUUUAUUAUUAGUUUAGGGUUAUAUUUUUUGGUUAUAUGGGAAUUUAUUAUAUUAUUUUGUAGGCUAUAAAAUACCCCCUUUGAAAACUUAUCCCCUCCUAAUUAAAUUAUAAGCAAACUUGCACAAGUUUAAUUUCUUACAAUCAAUAUUCUAGUUAUGUAAAAAUAUCAUACAUCUCAUUUUAGUCAAACAUGAACUAAUUUACUGAUGUUUUAUUUGUAGUUGAUUUUUAGAUUUGAAAUAUUUACUCCUUUUGUUUUUUGUUUAGAUACCUAACUGAAACCUGUUGUAUGCUUUAUAUUUAAAUUUUAGAAAGUAGUACAGCUGAUUUAUUAUAUUAUAUGCAUAUACAACCUUCAACCCAAUAAAGGAAGAUAGAUGGAGUGCUGCAUACAUUCCAUGGGGAGCUGAAACCAUGCUCAACUUCUUGACAUGCACCCAUGCAUAAAUCUUUUUCUUUCUUUCUCUAGCAGACACACAUAAGCAAAACCAUGUUGUUGGUUGCAAAUGAGUUUAGAUUCAUAUGUGCGCAUGAGAGUAUGUCCUUAUAAAAAGUUGAGAAUGGAUUUGGUGUCAAUAAAAAUGUAUGCAGUGCUUGAUGUAUAUUUAUUUUUUGGUCUAAUAUACAACCAUAAAAUAAACUUUGUCAUUGAGGAAGUUCCUAGAAGCAAGUAAAAUAAAAAAUUCAUAGGGACAAAGUCAGUCUCAGUUUGUAAAACUGACUAAUCUAAAAUAUGAUUAUUGACUGUAUUUUUGGUUUGAUUUUUGUUCACCCUACACAACAUAAUUGCCUGUCUUAUUGUAACAGUAAUAUUCUUAUUGUGCAUCCAUAGCACAGUCAUAUGUAAUAUAUCAACUGUGAUUCAGUAAUGAAAUAUCAAUAUUACAAAAUUACUCACCGGAAGCCUCAAAAAGGGUGGGUCUGAAGCAUUCUUUCCAAGCUUGUUCUCCUGAUACUGUAUAAGUUGGAUGACCAGCUGUGCCAAGCCCUCUUUUGUUGGUGGGUCUGUUUGUACAUGCUGCAAUAAGCAAAAUAUUAACAAGAAAAUACAGUGACACUUAAAACUUGUUAAAAUAGAAUAGAAUAAUUUUUAUUUAUUAUAGAUUACAAAUAAUAAAGUCAUUUAUCCUUUAAUUACUGGUUUCGAAAAAACCUUAGUCUUGGUAAGAGCCAACAAGAAAUAGCAGGACUCAAAAGUAUUUACAAUGUAGCACAAUCAAAUAUAACAAUAUUUAGAAACAGCAUAGUAACAAUUACCUAAUUCUCAGGGGUUAUUAUAAUUCAUAUCAACUGACUACCACCUACAAUUUAUCCAAACCAAUACUACUUAUUACUUUUCGACAUGGUAGAGCUAUGCUGCAGCUAUAUUAGUGGUAUAGUUGUGGCAUGAAUCGGUUGUCUCGAAUGGGGAAGAACCAUACUCUCACAGAAUACCUGCGUAAAAUAGCAGCUGAACUCCACUGUUUCGUAUGGUGAGUGUAGCGAACCGGAGACCCUUUUUACUUGAAAUGAGGUAUUCCAUCUUAGUCCUCACGGGUGAGAAUGCAUCUGCAGUUUGAUUCGUAAUCGAGGAUAGAUGUAGAUGUCUAUGGUCCACAGCAACCGCUUACCAUCAGGUGGACUGUGUGCUCGUUUGUCACCCAUAUUAUAUAAAAAAAACUUAGAGAAUAGAUCCAUUUCUUUUAUGAAAGGCCAACAACAUACCUGCAAUUCCCCUAUUGUUGCAUUUGUACAUGGGAAGUGAUAGUUACUUACUAUCUACUAUCUAUAUUACCCUUCACUGCAUCAGAUUUGAUAGAAUAAAAUAUAAUCAUCUUUAUUCAAUAUAGAUUACAGUAUAUAAUACUUAUUGAAAGUAAUUUUUUACUUUUACCACUGGUUUGCAAAAACCCUCUGUCCUGGGAAGAAUCAGCAAGAAACCCAGUGGGUCUUUUUUUAAAAAAGCAUAACUUAAAAUAUAAUAUUUUAUACAAUUGUUAUGAAAACAUAUAGAAACUGUAUGGUAGCAAUCACCUCAUUCCCAGGGGUUAUUAUCAGUCAAACCUUGGUUAUAAAUUUCUCUUAUGGCUACUUUUCCAAAACAAAGAUAAUUUCUAUGUCAGUCACACCACAAAUCCUUGCUAAAGUACACCAAUUCCUUCCAAAAAUGAUUAGCAAGGCUAUUGAAAUCAAAAAACAUCCUAAUUUCAAUAGAGAAAAUGGUUGGGAUCCAAGAAAACAGUAUGGGACACAUUAGAACAAUCAUAUCAAAAACAAAGCUUACCCCAACAAUUAUGUGCAAAUUUUUUGAAUAAUUUCGGUACCCACCUAGUAAGUUAUUGCAAAUCUGACAUACUAAAUUGUGCUGAUGUCAUAAUAUUCUGCUUCAACUUGCUUACCUAACUGUAUAUUGCUUAAAAUUCUAUACAUCUAUCAAGAGAAAUAUUAGUGAAAAUGUAUUAAAUGAUAACGCAAUUAUAUGAAUUUACCAAGUUCCAAUCACUUUAUAAUUAAUUUGUGUAGAAGCUAGGAGUGGUUGUUACAAAACGUAACCAGUUAUUGAAACUUUAUCGUCACCAGCCAGUCCUAAGCCUGGAUAAAGCACGAAAGAAAUUUCAUUGCAAUAUAAAUCAUUUUAACACUAAAAUCUCCAUAACAGUAAACUUAAGAAGCUAAUGUUAGAUCUGAAAAUAUAUUAUUCGAUCCUAGAGUAAUUUUAUAUUUACUACGAUGAAUAUUUUGUAAAUAAACUAACCUUCUUGCAAUUUUUUUGUAACCAAACACGAAUUUGGUCAAAUUGUGCUAGUGUUUCUGGCGCUUGGAAGAAAUCCACAUUAGGACCACCAUCCUUUUUCGGGCCUAAAGUUGCCAUUUUGAUGAAUAGCGUUUAAUUAACACUAUUACUUUAAUUUUUACAAAUAAAGCACUUUUUAUUUAUAUAAAUACCGAUUACUGGUUCAGCGUCGGUACUUUCCUACAUAGAUAAAUAUAUAUGUAGCAAGAUACUUUCCUAUAUAAAAAAGUACUCUGUGGUCGGUACCAAGCUACCAAAAUAGGGAUCGAUGUCAAAAAUGAAAACAUCGAUGAUUUAACAUCGAUGUUGCCUCAUGUCAAACAUCGAAACAUCGAUGUCAAUAAACCCAUAAUCGAUUAGGUGGUGGAUUAUUGGGUACUUGCGAACACUGCGAACCCGAGAAAUCAAUAUCAACUAAAUCUUGCAUCUCCUCUAAAAUAUUUAAAAAUUUGAAUGAUUCAGAAUGCUUGAACGCAUCAAUAACCUAAAAAUAUAUCAUUAUGGUGUAUCAAAAUUAACUGUCAAGUGUCAACCUAGUAUACAGUUAUCUGUGAUGUCAACUGUAAUGUCGCAGUUGUCACUGAUUUCGUUUUACUAUUGAUGUCGUUGUCCGUUUCUUUGUCGGUUGUUUUAAAAAAAAAUCCGAUGGUUCAUCUUAAACACGAUCCAAUUCACGUUUAGAACAAUGUUAUUGGUUCUACUUAUAUAUAAUAAAAAAAAACUUACGGUGAGAUAUUUGACCACAAUCGCUAUAUCAACGCCAUCUGAGCGGUUAUCUACCGACUUCAAAAAGGAGGAAGUACUCAAUUCGACUGUAUGUUCUUUUUUUUAAUGUGUGCAACCUCAUAAUUUUUUUCUGGGUGAACCGAUUUCGAUGAUUCUUGUUUUAUUUGAAAGCUGGUGCUCGUCAUGUGUUUCCAUAUAAAUUUGACUUAUAUAAGUCUGACCAAUAGUUUUUGAGUUAUCCUUAAUAAUUUAUAUUGAAGUCAGUUGUACAAAUUUUUUGUUUUUUAAUUAUUUUCAAUACCUGGCUCAACUCUUUAUCAAAAUUACUAUUUGUUCAAUCAAUCGGCAAUAAUAUUGGACUAUAUAACAAAUGAACUAGAUAUUUAUGAACUUCUUCAAUUUUUUUUAAUUACUGUUUUACGUUACAUUGUUUAUUAAUUUCUUUUAUUUCAUUAAUUAUAAACCAUAACUAACAU